AUCCAGGAGAGCCAGAGUAAUCGGUAUCGCUGCUAUUUCUGUGCCGCGACGCCUGUUGGCGGCCCCUCGUUUUCACGCCCGGCAGUGCUCGCCUUGCCUCUGCAUCGAAGGUGUCCCUCGUUUCAUCACGCUUCCUUCUUCCACCACUUCCUAACGUUGCGACAACUCGUCUCCUUACAUCAUCACCGCGAUCAACUCUUUUGCCAUUACAUCGCUCGUCUUCCUUCUGCUUGUUGUUUUACAUGGGUGCAUCGCCAUGGCGCAAACGCAAGCACAAACACAGCCGGCGACCUUGACGGCCGCCCGCGACCCACCGCCGGCCGAUGAGCAGACCUCCCGGGCGAUCCCCGUCCCGCCGCAAACGAACCCCCCCGAGGCGAGAAACCGAGGCCGUUUGGCCGUCGACACGUACUCGCCGGUGAACCAAAACGGCAGCUUCGAGUUCGACCGCGUUCUCAAGAGCGGCUAUGUACAGAAGCGCACGCAAAAAACGAAGGCAUGGCGCACCAUCUACCUAGUUCUGCGGCCGAACGCGCUCUCCGUCUACAAGUCGGACAAGGAGGAGAAGCUCCGGCGCAAGAUCUACCUCUCCGAUCUGACCGCCGUGACGCUGUUGAAGGAUCCCAAGAACAAGCGGCCCAACGUAUUCGGCCUGUUUUCGCCAUCCAAGAACUUCCACUUCCAGGCGCCGACGGCCAAGGACGCCGACGAGUGGGUUGACUUGAUCCGACAGGAAGCCAGGAUAGAGGAGGAAGAGGAGGAACUGUUCCUGGCCAGCCCGGGUGCCCGGCAGUCUUCGUAUUUCCCCGCCGCCGAGGUUGACAACGCCGGAUCGAACCGUGCGCUGGCGUCGCCGGAGCGUUUCCUCUCCAGCUCUCCCGAGAGCGCCGACCCUCCGGCCCGCGGCCUCGACAAGCCGUAUGCCCGACGGCCGUCGCACCUAGACUCGUCAGGCCUCUCGAACGCCGAGCUGGCAAGCCACUCCGACUUUUCCGAUUCCGACAUGCACCGGGUCCCCGGCGCUUCGUUUGAGAGCUUAGCGGCUCGGCAACCAUCGACCUCUCUCGGGCCGUCCAGGCAGAGUUUGGGGGCCUUCAAUACCGGCCGACUGAGCGGAACGCAACCAGAGGCCGACCCGGACCGCGUCAUCUGGCAGGGCUGGAUGUGGUUCCUCCGCAGCAAGGGCGGAGUCCGGCAAUGGAAGAAGUCGUGGGGCGUCCUGCGGCCGCGGAACUUGAUCCUCUACAAAGACGAGGCCGAGUCGUCCGUCCUGUUCCUGCUCUACAUGUCGUCGAUCGUCAACGUGGUCGAGACGGACCCGUUGAGCCGUACCAAGAAGCACUGCAUGCAGAUCAUCACGGACGAGAAGAGCUACCGGUUCUGCACCCAUGACGAGGAGGCCCUGGUGCAAUGCCUGGGCGCGUUCAAGAGUCUGCUUGCGAAGCGCCGGGAGCUCGAGGCCAAGGCAGGGAAUUCCCAUCCAAUAGCGACCGCGACCGUGACCGCAACCGCAACCUCAACCGCUGCCCCGCCUGAGGCUCGCCCUCAUCCGGCUUGAUUUAUUAUAUACCCAAUUUUCUCUUCCUUUUAUUUAUUCUUUCUUUUCUUUUCUUUUUUUUCCCCUUUGACUUCUUCGGCGAUUCCACGUCCGCCCUUUCUUCAUUUCUCAAAUACCCCAUGUGAUAUUCAUAUCAGUCCCUUUGGAGGCAAUGUCGACCUUGAGAGGCUUUCUCCGGGCAACCAAGUUCGCCGGCGAUCUUUCUGGCGUAGCCCGGCUUUUCUUCAAGUCCAAUCUCUUAA